CUAUACAAAGUAGCAAUGCUCAAAAAAACAUGAGAGAGGGAUACGGGGAUAGAGGGAGAAUGGCAAUGAAGCAUGCACAAGAAAAUAACAUGAGAGAGAAAAUAGAUAAAAAAGCAAAACAUCGAAUGGGAGGAAAUAAGAAUAGCUCCAUAACGAACGAGCAACAAUACACGAGUGUCCAAAAUAAUGAAAAAAGCAAAACAAAGAAGGCAACUCGUGUUGUUUGUAAGCAAAUAGAAUGA